AUGCCGAAAGACAUUCUGAACGAGUUAGGAAAAAACUUAGAUGAUUCAAAAAUGGCUGAAAUUAUAUUCCAGAAACGGACCGCGGCGAUCGUAUUCUCCGAGCCUUCUCCCCUGAUAGUUCUAUUGUUAAUAUCUCUUUUGGGACAGUGUUCAAACCAAGUCAUAAACAGAGCUCCACACUUUGUGCCACAGAUUGGGGAUAUGUCUCAAUUUAGUCUACCUGAAGAUACGCCCGUUGGUACACCAGUAUACCACUUAAGAGGCAUAGAUCCCGAAAACAGUCCCCUGAGAUAUUCGAUAUCAGGUCAAUACUUCACAGUAGACCAGGUAACUGGUGUGGUAACUCUUGCAAAGACUUUGGACCGGGAGGAACAGCCAACGUUAGAAGUAAUCAUCAGCAUCACGGAUGAGGGUAUAGCAGGCACUGAACCAAAUACAGUAUCACUUCGCCGAGUGAUUCCAAUAAAAGACGUAAACGAUAAUCCUCCUAUAUUUCAUAAUAGGCCAUACAUAGUUAAUAUUAGUGAAACAACUCCUGUAGAUGCAGAAAUUGACGUUGAACCGAAAGUAAUUGUGUCCGAUCGUGAUGAAGGAGAUAAUGCUAAGAUACACGUCAAGUGUUCAACUAAGGAAAAAGGAAGUGAUGCUGAAGCUUGCAAUACUUUUAGAGUCUUUACCGAAAUGGUUUCACCAAAUACGUAUGAAGUACAUUUAUACUUAAACAAACCAUUGGACUUUGAGAGCAGGUCUGCUUACGUUAUUACUUUAGAAGCAACCGACGCUUCUGAUAAACCAAUGAGAGCUCUAGCCAGCUUAUCAGUAGCUGUACAGGAUGUACAAGACCAACCACCCGCUUUCGUCAAUGCUCCUUAUUCAGCUACUGUGCCAGAGAACACACCGCCGGAUACAAGUAUAAUGGAAAUUGUUGCGAAAGAUGGAGAUACUGCAAACCCACGUCCAGUUUUAUUGACGAUUGAAGGAGAUUCAGCGCAGUACUUUAAGCUUUUGCCAGAAAGGCCUUUCGGUCGAGCAGUAUUAGUUACUUCUGAAAAUCCCAUAGACAGAGAAAGUGAAAUUGUUAUGCAAAAUGGUGGAGUGUAUAGUUUUUAUAUCAGAGCUACUGAAAUGAUAAACAGUGAAGUGCCUUCAGAUUAUACUGUAACUCCGGUAACGAUUAUUGUCACAGAUGUAGAUGAUCACGUUCCUGUAUUUAAUAAAGAAGUAUUUGAAAUUUCAAUACCCGAAAAUAUAGAGAAUGGAAGUCCCGUUCCUGGACUGUCAAUAUACGUCGAAGAUUACGACAUUGGUCAAAAUAGCAAAUAUAAUUUGAAACUACGUGAUAUUUCAAAUUCAGGUGGAGUAUUUACGUUGAGCACUGACCACGGUGAAGGAAGAACACCAUUGAGCAUCAAAGUUCAAGAUUCGUCAAAAUUAGAUUAUGAUGUCGAUAAUGAUGAAAAAAGACAUUUUAGUUUUGAUAUUGUUGCAUCAACAUACGAUGUAGAGUUGUCAUCAGCAAGAGUUAAUAUUAAGUUAUUGGAUAUGAAUGAUAAUUCGCCAGUAUUUGAUGAUUCCAGUUAUAAGUUUUACAUUACAGAAAAUUCUACUAUAGGCACAAAAGUAGGAGACAUUCAAGCUACAGAUAAAGAUUACGGCAUAUUUGGUGAAAUAGAGUAUACUUUAACUGGGUUUGGUUCAAAUAUGUUUCAAACUGAUAAAAACAAAGGCGGUGUAUACGUAGCUCAGUUACUAGAUUAUGAAAAGCAAAAAAGUUAUAGCUUGACACUCUUUGCUAAAGACGGUGGGGGUAGAAGCACCACGACUAGUGUUUUCAUUGAUGUUUUAGAUGUCAAUGAUAAUGCACCUAUAUUUGAAUUAUUUGAAUAUAGUCGAACUAUAAGAGAUGGAGCAACAAAUUUUGAACCACAACUUGUAGUAAGAGCCACUGACGCAGAUGGUCCUACUCAAGGAGGUGGACGAGUUCGGUAUACAAUCGAAUCUGACAACAGUAUUACUCGCAACGGAAACGUUUUUAAUAUCGAUGAAGAAAGUGGAGAGAUAAUUAUAGUUGAUAAAGUUGAAUCUAUGGAUACACCAAGAGGACAAUAUGAAUUAGUUAUUAGAGCUACUGAUUACGGGUCACCUCCCUUAUAUAAUGAAACAAAAGUUUAUGUGAGGGUUGGAGUGCCAGGAAAUCAACGACCAACGUUCAAAGGCAACUAUCACCAUUAUAAAUAUACUGUAGCUCAAAAUAAUCCUGACAGCAAUGAAGACUUUACCUUUGACCUCAAUCCUAUGAAUUAUAAGGCCACUUUAAAGGAAGAUGCAAAACCUGGAGAAAACGUCACAGUGGUUUUAGCUAAUGAUCCAGAUGGUUUGGAUGAUCUUCUUACUUAUCACAUAAUAUCUGGAUCAAGAGAUAAUUUUAUCAUCAACCAAAAAACUGGUUUGAUAACAGUUUCAAACGACGCAAAUCUUGAUCGCGACAUAAAUGCCGACAAAUAUGAAAUAAUCGUGUCGGCAGUUGACAGUGGUAUGCCUAUUCCAGAAACUGCAACUGCUACUGUGUUUGUUACGAUUCAAGAUGUUAAUGAUAAACCACCUAAAUUUAAUAUGACUGAAACGACAACAUAUAUCUCAGAAAAAACGAAAAUUGAUUAUUUAGUUACUCAAAUUGUAGCUCAUGAUACUGAUAUUAAUUCCAAACUAAAAUUCAGUUUGAUAGAUCCAAUAAAAGCAUUUUCUAAGGCAGGCGUGCAGUUGAAACCAAAUUCAGUUUAUGAUUAUAAACAUGUAUUCAGAAUUGAUGAGGAUUCAGGUGAAAUAUUUGUAAAUGGAACUUUAGAUUAUAGUCAGGCAUCAAUAGUCAUUUUAACCAUUAAAGUCGUUGAUAUAAACGCGGAAUUGAACACGGAGAAGCAAUUUGCAAUUACUGAAUAUACUAUUUACGUUCAACCUUAUGCUGACAAAAACCCUCAGUUUAUGAAUAUGGGCUGGUCAAGUACAAAUCCAUUAAUACAUCACAAGGUUAAAGAAGAUCAACCAAUAGGUAGUACUGUAUUAGUUUUGAUGGCAGAAGAUCCAAUAUCAGGCCAUGUAGUAUCAAAUUUUAAAGUAAUAAAUUCAGAAACGGAUUUAUUACAAGUUGAUCCCUCGAGCGGGCAAGUAUUAUUAACAAAUCAUUUAGACUACGAACUUUUAGCGAGUCCUAAUUUAACUUUGACUGUGAAAGCGACUAGCAAUGAUGGAAGUAAACAUAGUGAAGCUAAAAUCAUAAUAGAGGUUAUAAAUCUAAAUGAUAAUGCACCUACAUUCGACAAAGAGCUUUACAAAGUAAGUGUAUUGGAAUCUAUCAAAUAUCCUGAAGCGUUAGUAACUGUAAAAGCAAUCGACGCAGAUGCAAUUUUAACAGACGACGACAAAUUAAAAGGUUUCUCAGAAGUACGCUAUUCACUAAGAGGAGAAAAUUCUGACCUUUUCAGUAUCAACAAUGUUACAGGAGUUAUACAGCUUGUACAAAAUAAAAGCUUAGAUCGUGAACGUCAGUCAGUUCUCCGCUUAGAAGUGGAAGCUUAUGACAUGCCAGAAGGUGGAGCAGAUAGAUUAAAAUCUACUGCAACUAUAUUAGUAGAUGUUUUAGACGUUGAUGAUAAUACGCCAACUUUUGAAAAAAAUCUAUACACAGCUGUGGUACCAGAAAACGUACCUAUUGGAAUAAGUGUUACAAAAGUUACCGCUAUGGAUCCCGACGAAGGUUUAGGUGGUGAAAUUAAAUACGAAUUUUUAGAUGAAGGCGAAGCAAGUGGUCUUUUCACUAUAAAUUCAGUAUCAGGUGAAAUAACAACUAAUAAAGAUCUAACGGGUAGAGGUCGCACAGAUCCCUAUCGAAUACUGAUUGGUGCUACAGAUGGUGGAGGCCAUAUUGGAGAUACAUCAUUAUCUCUUUAUAUUGGAGACGUUAGUGCUAACGACGGUGUGCCAAGAUUUAUAAGACCAGCUGUAGGAGAAGUAAUAAGUAUAAGCGAGAAUUCAACUAUAGGAUCACCAGUUUUCCAAGUGGUAGCUAGUGACCCCGAUGAUCCUACACAACCAUCGGGUCAGCUUUAUUACUCUAUACAACAAAGCAAUGCCGAUGCUAAAACAUUUUCUAUUGAUGCUCACUCAGGUUUGAUAAUGACCCGUCAAUCAUUAGAUCGAGAACGUAAGGCAUCUUAUACACUAGUUCUUUUAGUAACCGACAGAGGUCAGCCACCACAACAAAGCACUAGAAUAGUUACUAUUAAUGUUGCUGACGUAGACGAUCAUAAACCACACUUUGCAAGGAAUUUAGAUGAUCCUCCGAUUUUAAUGAAUAUCAAAGAAGAAGUUCCAGUAGGUACUGUUGUUGGUACUAUACAAGCCAUUGACGAAGAUAUUGGAGAAAAUGCUGCAAUAGACUAUGUUAUAACAGCUGGUAAUAAUUUUGGAUUACUCAAGCUCGAACGUCAAAAUGAUAGCAAAGCCAUAUUGAAGGUAGCAGCUAGACUGGACAGAGAAGAAAUUUCAAGACAGUUGAUUACUGUGAAAUGCUUCAAAUACGGUUCUAAGGCACGAUUGACGAAAUCCUACAAUAGAUUAGAUCCCACUGAAAUACAAAUUCUAGUCAAAAUCUUAGAUGUCGAUGAUCACCUACCGGAAUUUGAUAGUGCAAACAUGACUGUUGGUGUUAGACUAAAUGUGCCAAUAGAUACUGUCAUUGCAACUGUUAAGGCAAUAGACAAGGACCCGGAAGCCUUACCUAUACUGUAUACAAUAGUUAAUAUGAGUUUCGAAUCUCCAAUCAAAUCUAAAUCCUUGAAUAAUAUCACCGAUACAAUCACAUUAAACAACGUCACCGGAGAGCUGAAAAUAAUGAAAAAUUUAAUUCAUUAUGCUGAUGGAAUCUUUAGACUUCAUGUGAAAGCUAACAAUUCAAAUAACACUGAAAGAUUUAGUAAUAUCUUAGUAGAGGUAGUAGUAGUUCGAGAAAGAGAUCUAUUACGUCUGGUUCUACCUGGAGGCACACGGGCGAAAUUUAAUCAGCUGAGAGAUAGAAUGUCAUCUGCGCUUGCGCCACGAGGACUUCGGAUGCAGUUGCAUGACGCCUCGCAUACCGCUUUCUACUUAAAUCCAGGACCAUGCUUCCAGUUCCGUAAGACAGAGAAUGGUGAGGCGCUAACACCAAAAGCGAUGAAGGCCACCAUUCGUUCUUUAGGAACUGAAUUCCAAGAAAUUUUGGAAUCAUUCAAUGUCCAUAAUAUCACUAAUUGUGGCCCCACACGCGCCAAGCAUUCGCCAGCGCAGCACGCGCUGUUGGCUUUGGCUGGCAUACUGCCGCUAGCAGCUUUAAUAGCCAUACUUACUUUGUGCUGUAUGCAUUCCAACGCAAAAAGACGGGCACGAUCCGCACUGCUGAUAGCGCGAGAGCCACCACCAGUAGCUGCCAGCAACAUUUCAGCGCCAACCCGUCUUUACUCAGAACCUUUGUACACGACAAAUGGAGAAAGCCUUAUAGUAUUUGAAAAGAAGAAAGACUUCUCUUUCUUAGGGAGAUACAUAAAUACUCCUUCGAGUAGAAAAGAAUUGAGUUAUGGAAACGUACUGAAAUACGUUAACGAACACGUAACAUAUUGCCGUAAACAUUUUACUGUCCCCACUGAAGAGGCUCAGGCCGUCCCUUUGGAUGCCAUCGACUUAAAUGAGAUGAAUGAGCGCAAGCCCAGUGAGGAUUGGUGCGCAAUAUAG